CAGGCAUAGCACAUCGGCAUUGCCGACAGAGAGAGGAGUCGCGAGACAAAUCAAAUCCGCGGUCACCGCCUCGCGGCCGUUUCUCGCAGUUCAGCUCCCGAGCGCGCGCUGAGCAGCGCCAGUGUUCAUGUACUCGUAGAGGCUGUGUACUGCUUCCUUCGAAGUUUGGGACGCACCGAGUCAUCCGGAGUUUGCUCGUCGCUGUCACUGGGAGUAUUCAGUCUGUCUACCCAGGAGCAAGUUCCCCUGCGAACAUGUUCAAAUAUGUACAGUAUGGAUUUUAGGAGGACGAAGUUCAGCAGAAAACCAGUAGCCUAUUGAAAAGAGAAUAAGGUCUGCUUAAGAACACAAAAUAAAACAGCGCGAGCCAAGAUAACUGGAGUCAUAAACUCCAGUCAGCACCUGAUACCCUUGAUUUAAUUCUCCAGAAUCUUCCCAGAAAGGUUUAUGAACAACCGAGUCCCAUCUAGCAAGAGAUACCAGCCAACUGAGUACGAGCAUGCUGCCAACUGUGCCACCCAUGGAUUCUGGAUCAUUCCCAGUAUCCUGGGCAGCUCUGUGUUGUACCUCCUCUCUGAUGACCGGUGGGAGACCAUCUCUGCAUGGAUGUAUGGGACGGGUCUGUCUGGGCUGUUCAUCAUGUCCACCAUGUUCCACACGGUGUCCUGGAAGAAAAGUCAUCUCAGGAAGGUGGAGCAGCGAUUCCACAUGUGCGACAGGAUGGUGAUAUAUUUCUUUAUAGCUGCAUCUUAUGCACCCUGGCUGAACCUGAGGGAACUAGGACCCUGGGCUGUGCACAUGCGCUGGUUGGUGUGGAUCAUGGCCUGCGCUGGCUCUGCCUAUGUCUUCUUCUUUCAUGAGAAGAACAAGAUAUUAGACUUACUGUGCUACACCGCCAUGGGAGCUGUUCCUGCAGUUGUUCUUCUGUCAAUGCCUAUCAGAGAGGGCAUAUUAGAGCUGUCAGUGGGCGGAGUCUUCUACUGCCUGGGAAUUGUCUUCUUCAAGAGUGAUGGCCUCAUCCCAUUCGCUCAUGCCAUCUGGCACGUCUUCGUGGCAGUGGGGGCAGGCAUACACUAUUAUGCCAUCUGGAGGUACUUGUAUACAACGGGGACCAGCCAAAUAAAAAAUAUCCAGGUGACAGAUGUAAAAGAUAUGACACAUACAGGGUUUGUUGAGCUGUAAAAGACAGUGUAUUUGAUCAUGUGCUGCCUUUGCAUCCCUCUAUAUUAAUCAUAGAUGGGCACAUUCCAGUACUGUUGGUCUAAAAUAUAUUUUUCUAUAGAAGGAUUUCUGUUAACUGGCCAGUCUAUUUUUGCAGAUGUGGUCUUAACCUGUUGACAUAAUGUACUGUAUCAGCUGUCAGUGUUUACAGGGAAAAUGUGUGUAUAAUACAGAAAACAUGAAUAACAUUCCACAUCCUUUAACGGAGCGGUCUACUGCCUUGAUAUGAACUCCCAUAAUCAGACUGUGCUUGUGACUAAUGUAUUGAGAUUCAUUGGCAACAAGCAGAAUAAUGUAAUAAUUUAAUAAUAAUUAUUUGUGCUCAAUUAAUAAAAUUGGUUAUUAUUAUUAUUAUUCUCAAAGCUUUGCUGCUUAAUAUUUUUUUGUGAAAACUGAGAUGCAUUUUUUUCAGGAUUCUUUGAUGAAUUGAAGGUUUUAGAAAUGUAUUGCCAUUCUCUCCCUAUUUUUUUUAGUUGUUUUUAUUUUUUUAAAUCUUACCCUGAACCUAUGAGAGGUAAUCAGUUUCCACAAAAAUAUAAAGCAACACUUUAUUAUUGAUCAUAAAAAUGUUUCUUGAUCAGCAAAUCAGCACCAAAUUAUCAUCCACAUGAAAGUUUAGCUCCCACAGAGCCAUUUGAUUCGUUAUUGGGAGCGAGCCAUGCACAGAAGCUCACAUGGAAACUAGCCUUCAUGAAUGAUGUUUUUAGUACCGUAUUUUUCGGACUAUAAGUCGCACCUGUGUAUAAGUUGCAUCAGUCCAAAAAUACGUCAUGAUGAAAAAAAAAACAUAAGUCACACUGGACCAUAAAUCACAUUCAUUUAGAACCAAGAGCCAAGAGAAGGCAUUACCGUCUACAGCCGCGAGAGGGCGCUAGAAUACCUGUAGAAUACAGGAGCACUGAGCAGCAUAGAGCGCCCUCUCGCGGCCGGAGACGGUAAUGUUUUCUCUUUGUUCAUGUCAAAUUAUUUUUGAUAAAUAAGUCACACCUGACUAUAAGUCGCAGGACCAGCUAAACUAUGAAAAAAAGUGCGACUUAUAGUCUGGAAAAUAUGGUACAACCCAAUAAGACUUAGCUCAAGGUCUAAUAAAACUAUAAACCUUGAGGAAAUUCUUGCAACUAAAUAGUCACUUUUAGUUAACAGUUAAUCAUAAUGGUUUAAUAAUUGCAGAUUUUGUUGUGUGUAAGUUCUUCACGUGUUCCCAUCUGUGCUCAGUUCAAUGAAUAACUCCAGCAGUUCUUUCCAUGACUCUUUUACCUACUGACACAUUUAGCCAGGACUGCUCAGACAUGAAAGAGUAUGUUUUUAAGCACUUUGAAUGUAAAACAGCUUUUUACUCAUUUUGUCAUAAUGGUGCAUUAAUAUGCCAGUAAGAACCUGAGACAUCUGUAUCGUCAGAUUUCAUUUAAAUGGUCAAUUCUUUUGCACCAUAAGUUUCGUAGACUUUUAAUCAGAAGGACCAAAUCUAAACUGUAUUUUAACAGUUUUGACACUAAUCAUAAGUGUCAGUAAUAAAUGCAACCUGAGAAUAAACACACUGGAUGUUUAAAUUGAUAGAAAUGUGUCUCUAAAAACCAUUUCAAUAAAUGAAGAAAGAAAUCACAA